GCUCCUUUGACGACAACAUCACUUUUGCAUCGCUACAGCGACGUUCUCCCCUUCAUUGCGUCGUUGCCGUCACCCUUAAGUCAAUUAACGGGCCGUGCACGACCUGAAGUUAUUUCGUGUGAUCGCUCCGAGUUUGUCCACUUGUUGCACGACAGCCGAGAAGAUGGACAGCUCUCGCAACGGUGACGACCGUUACUCUCGUUCUCACAGAGACGACCGCGGACCGAGAGACCGAGACGAUAGACGCGAUCGACGACGCGAUGACGACCGUGAAAGACGUCGAUCUAGGAGCCCCCGAGGACAUCGGAGUAGACGAGAUGAGCCAGAUUUUUAUAGCUCAAGCCGGCGUGAGAAUGAGUCCAGACGAGAUAGACGUGACGAUCGCGGAGGCUGGGACCGAGAUCGCGGUCCCAGGCGCGAUAGGGAUGACGACCGACGAAGGGACUUCGAUGACCGAAGAGGUGGCGGCGGACGAGACCGUCGUGAACGCGAUGCUUAUGGCGGUGGCCGGCGGGAAGAGAGGAAACGCAGUGCUACACCCCCAGUAAAAAAGCGAGAGCCGACGCCGGAUUUAACAGACGUAGUACCUAUUCUGGAACGGCAACGGCGUAUGACACAGUGGGACAUUAAGCCACCUGGUUAUGAGAAUAUUACAGCAGAGCAGGCAAAGUUGUCUGGUAUGUUCCCACUGCCUGGUGCGCCUCGUCAACAGCCUAUGGAUCCACAACGCCUGCAAGCUCUCGUUAGCCAGCCGCAAAAUUUGGCAGCAACUUCUGCUCUGAAACCAACCAUGGCACGCCAAGCGAAGCGUUUGCUCGUGUACAACAUUCCCAAAUCAGUGACCGAGGAAGACCUCGUGAACUUCUUCAACUUGCAAUUGAAUGGUAUCAACCUGAUCAAGAGCAGCGACCCUUGCCAAGCGGCACAUAUUUCGAAGGCAGGCAAUCAUGCCCUGCUUGAGUUUAAGAAUCCUGGCGACGCUACAGUUGCAUUGGCGCUUGACGGAAUCUCAAUGACCGAUGAGAGCAUGGACACAGCGGAUGGCACGGCAAAUGGAUCGUCCGGUCUUCAAGUCAAGCGUCCCAAAGACUAUAUCGGUCCUACUCCUUCGCCGCCGUCUGACGUGCAGUCUGAAGAGAUUUCUAACGAAGUACCUGACACAACCGAGAAGAUUCUCAUAACAAACCUCGCUCCAUUCUUGGACGAGGAGCAGAUCAAACAGCUCCUGGUUGCCAUCGGCCCAUUGAAAGCAUUGGCUCUAGCCGUGGACGACAGUGGGCAAUCUCGAGGUUUUGCUUUCUGCGAGUAUGCUAACCCAGAAACAACAAAUAUUGCGUUUGAAGGUCUGAAUGGUAUGGAGAUUGGCGGUUUGAGCAUCAAACUUCAGCGCGCAUGUCUAGGUCAGGAACAGGUUGCAGCCGACAUGGGAGUCAACGCAAUGUCACUGCUAGCCGGCACUGUUUCUACCACAAUGGAGAAGACUCGUGUGCUGCAGAUGCUCAAUAUGGUCACUCCUGAAGAACUCAUUCGGGAUGACGAUGUUGAAGACAUCCGUGAAGAUGUUGUAGAAGAAGUUUCUAAGUUCGGCAAGGUCCUCAGCAUUAAGAUUCCGCGCCCUGCGGGGGCAAGAACAUCACCUGGUGUUGGCAAGAUCUACGUCAAGCUCGAGACUGUAGAAGCAGCGCAAAAGGCUCUUGCUGCACUUGCCGGCCGCAAGUUUGGGGACAGAACCUGCGUCAUUACUUAUUUCAGCGAGGAGUACUACGAUGUUGAUGCCUGGUAAAGAGUCAUGGUAAACGGUGACAAAGGCUAUUGAAGAGAUCGAUGAACGCUUCUGUUCCAUACAAGACCCUGUCCACGACGGGACUCGGGCACGGGCAUCAGUUGGGAAUGAAAGCUGGCAGCACGACUCUUCCACCUUUUUCUUUUGCUUUCUUUUCUUUCAUGUAAACUACUGGUGUACACGAGGCUGAGGGUUUCACAGUGCCUUGUCGGUAUAUGCAUCGGUGCCUCUUGGCUAUCGAGCGAACUUUGGCUUCACGGCCAGUCUAUCUCGGAGCGGAAUAAUACACAGAAAAAAAAACAUUGAGCGUAUAUCUCUAUCCAACGCUUUCGCACUUAUGCGAUACUAACUGCCUUUGCAUGUUACAUGCAGAACUGUUCUCACAUCUUUGGCUUUGAUGUUCCUUUGCGAAGACAAAGAAAGCAUGUUUAACAGCCCACAUACCUCGUGCAGCUGAUGAAUCGCUGAUCAUCCCUUUUAGAGAUGAAAUUGCGCCUGAGAAAUUUCUCGAUUGACCCGUGAUAUUUCCUUUGUAGACAUGGUGGCUCGGCAUGACGUAGGUGAAACUGG